AUGAGCCAAGCGAAUGCUAAGCUGUCCAGUAGAGUCAUGAACAUGAAGUUCAUGAAGUUCUCGCAGCCGGAGAGGCCGAAUGGCGACGACAAAAAGCCAGGCGAAGAGCCAAAGCAAUCGGCUGUACCAGACAAUUCGCGGUGGGAAUUGAAGAGCCUGCCAAGGACGAAGAAGCUCCGGAAGAAGACUAUACUGCCCAGGAGGAGGAUGAAUGUCCGAAGCGACGUCAGUAUCACAGAUGUGAAGCGGGAAAGCAACCCGAUCGUGAGAGGCAGGAGGACAGUGGGCGAAGCAGACCACAGCGACUCAACCAAAAGGUCUAGCGAAGGCACGGAAGAUGACGAUUAUGACCUAGACAAGAUACUGAAGCAGGUCAAAACCCCGCGUUGA